GAGCGCGGAGCCAUGGCGGCGGGCGGCGGGGCCGGGCCGGGGCAUGAGGCGCCUCCGGUGGCGCUGGAGAAGGUGCUGGGCAUCACCACGCAGAGCAGCAGCGGCCUGGCCUGCGACCCGGCCUCGGGGCUGCUCGCCUACCCCGCAGGGUGCGUUGUUGUCAUCCUGAACCCCCGGGACAACAGCCAGAGACACCUCCUGAACACUUCCAGGAACCCCCUGAGCUCCUUGGCCUUCUCUCCCGACGGGAAGCUCCUGGUCACGGGCGAGAGCGGGCACCAUCCGGCCGUCCGCGUGUGGGACGUGGAGCAACGGAGCCAGCUCGCAGCCCUGCACGGCCACAAGCACAGCGUGCCUUGCGUCACCUUCUCGCCCAGCACCAAGCUCCUGGUGUCCAUAGGGUCCCCCCAGGACAUGGUGGUCAACGUAUGGGACUGGAAGAAAGGUUCUCUGGUGGCCUCCAACAAGGUGUCCUGCAAAGUGGUGGCUGUGGCCUUCUCCGAGGACAACUACUUUGUCACUGUGGGGCAGCGCCACGUCAAGUUCUGGUACCUGGAGGCCUCGAGGGAGCUGAAGGGCAACGCGACGGUGCCGCUGGUGGGACGCUCGGGGCUCCUGGGGGAGCUCCAUGACAACACCUUCUGCGGCGUCGCCUGUGGCCAAGGCCCCACGUUGGGCAGCACCUUCUGCAUCUCCUCCUCGGGGCUGCUCUGCAGCUUCAGCAGCAGGAGGGUGCUGCAGGCACAGCUCCACCUGCGGGUGUCAAUGGGGACCUGCCUGUGCCUGGCUGAGGAGCUGCUGUUCUGCGGCGGCAGCAACGGCUCCGUGAGGGUUCUCCGGGCUCGGGACAUGGGGUAUCUGCGGGACCUUCCCAAGCCCCAUCCCUUGGGAGUGGAUGUCAGCCGGGACCCCCCGCCGAGGCCACCAGAGCUGAUCUACCCCGACACCAUCGCCAUGGCCUACGACAGCCACAACCAGUGCUUGGCCUGCGUCUACAGGGACCACAGCAUCUACGUGUGGGACGUGAGGGACCUGCAGCACGUCACCAGGGUCUGCUCCGAGCUUUUCCAUAGCUCCUUCGUCUGGAGCAUCGAGAUGUAUCCUGAAUGUGAGGAGCAAAGAUCCCACCUGGCUCCUGGUUCCUUCCUGACGUGCUCCUCGGACAACACCAUCCGUGCUUGGAGCUUGGGAAGCGGCUCCGUGCGUCCCGGCGAGGGCAGCGCCUGCAGCUCGACCCUGCUGAGCAUCAUCUACGUGGACAGCACCAUCCAGCACCUCCAGGACUGCUCUGGCAUUCCUGACUGGAGCGAGAAGGGGCCUCACCUGGAUGCCAGGGCUGGGGUGAGGGUGAUGCAGGUCAGUCCAGAUGGACAGCACCUUGCAUCGGGAGACAGAACAGGAACCCUCAGGAUCCAUGAGCUGCGGUCCGGGCAGGAGGUGGCCAAGGUGGAAGCUCACGAUUCCGAAGUGCUUUGCUUGGAAUACUCCAAGCCAGAGACGGGAGCAGCUCUCUUGGCUUCCGGAAGCAGGGACCGCCUGAUCCAUGUCUUGAACGUGGCCAAGGGCUACAAGCUGGAGCAGACCCUGGAUGACCACUCCUCUGCCAUAACCUCCAUCAAGUUCGCUGGCCACGGGGACAUCCAGCUCAUCAGCUGCGGCGCCGAUAAGAGCGUCUACUUCCGCCAGGCUCAAAAGCUCCUGGAUGGCUUCAGCUUCACCAGGACCCACCACGUGGCUGAGAAGACCACCUUGUACGACAUGGACAUGGACAGGACGCAGGAGGACGUGGCUGUCGCGUGUCAGGACAGGAACGUGAGGGUCUACAGCACGGCCAGCGGGAAGCUGAAGCGCUGCUACAAGGGCUCGCAGGGGGAGGAUGGCUCCUUGUUGAAGGUCCACUUGGAUCCUUCAGGAACCUUCUUGGCCACCAGCUCCUCUGACAAGAGCAUCUCCCUCGUUGACUUCCAGUCUGGCGAGUGCGUGGCCAAGCUCUUGGGCCAUUCAGAGAUCGUCACAGGGAUGCGGUUCUCCCCCGACUGUCGGCACCUCAUCACGGUCUCUGGAGACAGCUGCAUCUUCAUCUGGCGCCUGGGCCCGGCUGUCACCAGCUCCAUGAAGCUGCCCCACCUGAAGGACCCUGGUCCCACGGAGCUCCUCAGGCAGGAGACCCACAUCCUGGUCCCGGAUGGGAUCCAAGCCCCUGGAGCUGAUGAAUCUAUGGAUGAGGAGCAGGAUGAAGGCUCAACCCUGCAGACCCCAUCCAAGGAGGACUCAGAGCCACCUCCAGCAGGGAUCCUCACCGGGAAGCUGCCAACGUGGGCAAAGAAGCUGCUGGGAGAAGUAGAUGAUGGAGCAGCUCCAAGCCCUUGGGAAUGCUACAGGCCACAGGGGCGAUGGGCAGAGCAAGGGCUGGUGCACAUCAAGACCUGGUUGGAACCCUGCAGUCUGCUUUCAGAGGUCGAAAGCUCUUCUAGUGACCUCACUGAGGACUUCCAGCUCUCCGAGCUCUUCCUGGAUGAGGAGACCCCCAAGGAACUGGGAUCACUGGAUACGACUGGGACCAGGACACACACAGAGCUUGGGAUCAACCAGGAGGAUGCUUCAUCCCAUCUCCUCACCUUGGGAACGCCGGUGCCUGAAGCAGAGGAGGACCUGGAAUGUCCUGAUGGAGACGUGGAGGAACCAGAGGAGCACCCCCAGACCCCAGAGCAGGAGAAGUUCCUCAAGCAGCACUUUGAGACACUGGCAAACACUGAAGCUCCAGAGGGAUUUGGUGGCUCCUUAAAGGAUCUGAAACCUCCUGAACCGGAGGAGGAGGAGAAAAGGUUGUUCCUGAACCCUCGCUUGAGCAUCUCCACCCGGUUCCUCUCCCGCUGCCAGAAGAACCAGAGGUUGGCCUCUGCCUUCCCACGAUGGGCACAGCCCCAGGAGCAGCCAAAGCCAGCGCAGGAGCUCCCACCACCAGAGGCACCUCCAGAUGGAAAAUGUUGGGAAACGGGAAAGGAAAUGGGAAAGGAAACG